CCGAAGGGAUGAAAACAAAACAACCCAAAAGAUCUUGGCUGAAGCAUCAAAAUAUUUAUUAAACGAAGAGAGAGGUUCUCGGAUAUUAUUUAAAGGAUUUAUUCGUCCGUAUAUGGAAACAAGCGACGAUGAACAAGGCCAACGGCCGCUGCUUUUUGAUACGGAGGAACCAGAAUCGAAAAAAACUCAAAUAGUAGGAUUACUGAAAGCUAAAAAAUGGGCAAUAGUAUUUGUAAUUGCUGGACUUCUUGCUAUUGGGAUUGUUGUUGGUUUGGUGGCCACUAAAUCAUCUAUUGUGGAUUGCUCGUCGAAAACAGACAGCGAUAAAUGUUUCUUUACAGGCAAAACUCGUUUGCCUAAAAUUUUAGAGCCGCUAACAUACACCGUUCGCCUACAUCCGAAUCUUACAACGUUCAAAUUCGACGGCACUGUGGAAAUCGUAGUGCUAUGUUUAGAAUCCACAAGACGAGUUGUUUUCCAUCAAAAGGAUUUACAAUUUAGCAAGGAUGAUAUUACAAUUCACGAAGUUGAGAAUGGCAAACUAAAUGGAGCUGUUGGAGUCGAGGAAAUGCGCUUGGAUCUGAAGGACGAGCAAGUCAUUUUGAAAACGCGUCAAUUACUACACAAAAAUAAAGAAUAUGCCAUUAAAGUCACAUUCAAGGGAAAUUUAAACGAGAAAUUGGAAGGCUUCUAUAAGAGUUCGUAUAAAACAAAAGCAGGUCAAAUAAAGUACCUGGCUACAACUCAUUUUGAAGCAACUGCAGCAAGACAAGCAUUUCCAUGUUUUGACGAACCAGCAAUGAAAGCAAAUUUCACCAUAAUACUUGUCCACGAGAAGCACCUUGAAGCUCUUUCUAACAUGCCAGAUAUGAAAAAGUUGGACAUUGGCAAUAACCUUACUGAAACACAUUUUGAGCAAAGUGUAAAGAUGAGCACAUAUCUUGUGGCAUUUGUUGUUUGUGACUUCAAACAUGUUGGAAUAACAACUGCUAAUGGCAAGAAGGUCCGUGUUUGGACUCCACCUGAGGAAAUAAAUGAAGCUGAGUUAGCAUUGACUAGUGCUAAUGUUAUUUUGACUCAUUAUGAGAAGUAUUUUGGUGUAGCAUACCCUCUUCCUAAACAAGAUUUGAUAGCCAUUCCUGAUUUCUCGGCUGGUGCUAUGGAGAACUGGGGUCUAAUCACCUAUCGACUAACGUCAUUACUUGUUGACCCCAAGGAAUCAUCAACCAGUAAUAGGCAAUGGGUUGAGACAGUGGUUGCACAUGAACUUGCACAUCAGUGGUUUGGUAAUCUUGUGACAAUGAAAUGGUGGGAUGAUUUGUGGUUGAAUGAAGGCUUUGCAAGCUAUGUGGAGAAUCUUGGUGUCAACAAGUUUCAACCAGAUAUGAAAAUGAUGGAUCAGUUUGUCAUCUCAAAUCUGCAGAGGUCAAUGCAUCUUGAUCAACUUGCUAACUCACAUCCCAUAUCUGUCGUUGUGAAGAAUCCUGAUGAAAUAUCAAGUUUGUUUGACGAUAUUUCCUAUCAUAAGGGUGCUUCAUUGAUCAACAUGCUCAACAAUGUUUUGCAUGAAGAUAACUUCCACGCUGGUCUCAAAUCUUACCUUCAAAAGUACAAGUUCAGUAACGCUGCGACAGAUGACCUCUGGAAUUCCCUUUCACAGAAUGCUUCAAUUGACGUAAAGAAGGUGAUGGAUACGUGGACUUUGCAAAUGGGAUUUCCUCUUGUCACGAUCAAGAAAGAAGAUGGCAAAUAUUUGGCCAAGCAGGAACACUUCCUUAUCGAUCCUGAAGCAAAACCUGCGCAAACGUCGCCGUACAAUUAUAAAUGGUAUGUACCUUUGACAUACGUCACGGAUAAAGGCAAAACUAAUUCUGAACCAGUGUGGAUGAACCUGGGUGAUGUCGUCCUUGAUGUCCCAGUUGAUGAGAACGGAUGGUUGAAGGUAAAUAGGGAUCAAAAGGGUUAUUAUCGGGUGAAUUAUCCUCUUGGAAACUGGAAGAAUUUAGCCAAGACAUUGCAGAAUAACCAUAAGAGCUUAUCACCAGCAGACAGAGCUGGUUUGCUUAAUGAUGUUUUCGAACUGGCAAGAGCUGGAAAGGUGAGCUACGAAACAGCUUUAGAUAUGGUUUCAUACUUGGACAAGGAGAAAGACUACGUACCUUGGCGAGCAGCGACGUCGGGUUUAUCUUAUAUCGGAGCACGUCUCUCGAUGACUCCGUACUAUGGAUUGUAUCAGAAUUAUAUUUUAUCCAAAGCUACGCCAGUCUUGGAUGAACUGAAGUUCGAAGACGAAGGUUCACCUUUACAGAAGUACUUACGAGAUAUGCUGUUCAGCACAACUGCAUAUUAUGACUACAAACCUGCUGUGGACAAGGCAAAGGAACUCUUUAAAGAAUUUAUGGUUAAUAAUGCCAGUGUACGUGCCAACUUUCGCUACGUUGUCUACGACACUGGGGUUCGUCUUGGAGCACGUGAUGAAUGGGAGUUUAUGUGGGAUAAAUAUCAGAAAGAAAUUGUCGCAGCCGAGAAGACAAAGUUGUUGUCGUCUUUGUCUGCUUCACGCGAAGCGUGGCUUUUGCAAAGAUGUUUAGAGUAUGCCCUUAACACAAGUCUGAUCAAAUCUCAAGACGGGGAUUCGGUGAUAAGCAGUGUGGCGGGAAAUCCUAACGGUAGAUUGCUGGCGUGGGACUUCUUCAGACUUCAUUGGGCAACCCUUAGAAAGCGAUAUGGUUCCGAAGCAUUCUCGUUUGGAAGGCUGGUGAAAUCGGUCACAACUCAUUUUCAAACUGAAUUCCAUUACAAUGAAGUAAAGACAUUUUUUGAUGCACAUCCAGACCUUGGCUCGGCUGCGAGAAGUCUCCAACAAGCGUAUGAAACCAUCAAGUCAAACAUUCGUUGGGUCGAAAAAUACGAAAAUGAGGUUAUAGAAUGGUUGAGAAAACACCAACCACCUUCAUCCUAAAUUUCCUGAAGAUAUUUUAAUCAAAUCAAUGCGCGAAAUGAGUGGAGUAGAUUUUAAUCAUGUUUCAAUUUUCACUGGGUGAACGAGAGUUUAAUAAAUGGCGGAAAUGACAAUAAUAAUUCCUUGUCUAGAAUCCAGAAAUUUAAUCUCUAAUCUAAUCUUUUGGUGUUAGUAGUUGGCUAAAGCUCAAGGUCAGGUUUAGGAUUAAAGUUAGGAUUAUAUAAAAUCGUGGAUUCCAGACAUCGAAUUAUUACUGUCAUUUCUACCGGAAAAACAAAGUGUUUCUAAAUUUCAAAGCAAAUCUAAAUUAUUAUUUCAUCUUUUUAAAAGCCGUGUAUACGUACGAUUCAGAAUGGUAAGAUAAUUAGGCAGUUAUAUUAGCCCACCCAAGUUUUUUUAACUUUCCAACUGAAAAAAUGAUCGGAGAACUGAACAACCUAGUGUGUGGUGCUUCAAGGCCAUGUUUGGGAGGACAUGACUUGGAUAUAUGGCUUAGUUUAGAAGAAAAUGAUAUGCGCGGAACGGACUUGACAUUCAAUGAAAAUAUUUUCACUGUUCCCUGUAAAAAUUCUGUAGAGUUCUUUAAAUGGAAACAGGCUUGUGGUCUGUAGUUCAAAUUAAAUAAAAAUGCAAUAAAUGA